UUUUUUCUGUAUUAUUGUAGGGUCUUACAAUUUAAAGCGCCUUGAGGCAAAUGCUGUUGUGAUUUGGCACAAUAAAAUUAAAAUUAGUUUUAGCAUGAAUAUAUUCCAAACUCUUUCACCCCUAAGUUUAGCCAUCUCAGUCAAAUACCAAAUCCUAACAGUAAUUCUAACUAACCCUAAGUCUUAAGGCAGUUGGAAAAAAUAUAUAAUUUUUGUGAUCAUAAAUAAAACAAAUUCCCAACGGUAGCUACAGAUGAUUUGUUAAUUUUUAGUCUGAAUGAGCGAUUCUCGGGAAAACUAAAACCCUAAUCUGCCAAUUUUGUACAGGCAUAAUAACACACACACACACACACACAGCUACACACACAGCUACACACACACACACAUUCAGUGAGUGUAUCAUUAUAAUUAUAGAUGUCAGCUUUUCAAAAUAGUAGCUUAACGAUUGCCUGCAUGUGAUGCAUUUAUGGAGCAUCUGUAAAAAUGUAGCUGUGAAAAACAACCUCCCCAGAUGGGAACUACAGCGUAUCUCUUUUUCUAGAUAAACUUCCGAUGUAAGCCGACUUUCAGAGAGGGAGGAUCCCGAACCCUGAGAGAUAACAUCCUCAGACACCACUGGGUUCACAGACGACGACAAGAGGGGAAAUGUAGACAGUGUGGAAAGAGUUUUCAGCAGAAGUUCUUCCACAGUAAAGAAAUCAUCGCCAUCAGUUGUUCGUGGUGUAAACAGGCCUUCCACAACAAGGUGACAUGUUUCAUGCUGCACCAGAUAGAGGAGCCGUGUUCACUGGGGGCCCACGCCGGUGUCAUAGUACCACCGUCCUGGAUCAUCAAAGUCAGGAAACCACAGAGCUCCCUAAAGAACUCUGCCAGAAGAAAAAAGCGGACAUCUUUCAAACGAAGGACAAGCAAGAAGGGAUUAGAUGAGUCUAAAUGGCGUCCGUUCAUGCUGAAGCCUCUCCCCUCUCCCCUCAUGAAGCCCAUCUUGGUUUUUGUGAAUCCAAAGAGCGGCGGCAACCAGGGUGCCAAAGUGUUACAGAUGUUUAUGUGGAUCUUGAAUCCUCGUCAAGUCUUCGACCUUUCGCAGGGUGGACUGCGCGAGGCGUUGGAGUUGUAUCGCAAAGUGCCAAAUCUGAGGAUCCUUGCCUGCGGAGGAGAUGGCACGGUGGGUUGGAUCCUGUCUGCUCUCGAUGAGCUGCAGAUGAAUCCCCAGCCUCCGGUCGCUGUGCUUCCUCUGGGAACAGGAAAUGACCUCGCCAGGACGCUCAACUGGGGUGGGGGCUACACGGAUGAACCAGUGUCCAAGGUUUUGUGUCAUGUGGAGGACGGUUCGGUGGUGCAGCUGGACAGGUGGAACCUCUUAGUAGAAAAGAGCUCUGCCCAGCCAGAGGAGGGCACACAGAAGCUGCCCUUGAACGUGUUCAACAACUACUUCAGCCUUGGCUUCGACGCGCACGUCACCCUGGAGUUCCACGAGUCCAGAGAGGCCAACCCAGAAAAGUUUAACAGUCGCUUCCGCAACAAGAUGUUCUAUGCAGGAGCUGCGUUCUCAGAUUUCCUCCAGAGGAGCUCCAGGGAUUUGUCCAAGCACGUCAGAGUGGUGUGUGAUGGCACAGAUCUCACUCCCAAGAUCCAGGAGCUGAAGUUCCAGUGCAUAGUGUUUCUAAACAUUCCCAGAUACUGUGCCGGCACCAUGCCAUGGGGAAACACAGGAGACCAUCGAGACUUUGAACCUCAGCGGCAUGACGACGGCUGCAUCGAGGUUAUCGGCUUCACCAUGGCCUCGCUGGCAGCGCUGCAGGUUGGAGGUCACGGAGAGAGACUUCACCAGUGCAGAGAGGUCAUCCUCACUACCUACAAGACUGUACCUGUUCAGGUGGACGGCGAGCCAUGCCGACUGGCUCCAUCCACUCUCCGCAUCUCUCUUCGAAAUCAGGCCAACAUGGUCCAGAAGAGCAAGAGACGCACCUCUGUGCCCCUGCUCAACGAUAUUCAGAAGGUGUGUGCAGCUGAUCUGCGCCGCCUCUCUGCUCCCCCCGACUCCUUCUCUGUUCCUCACGCAGUUCCAGAUCGUCUGCGUCUUCGAGUGAACCGGAUCAGCCUCCAGGAGUACGACAGGCUGCAGUAUGACAAGGAGCGGCUGCGAGACAUAUCCAUCCCUGUUGGCAUAGUGGUGGUGAGGGGGGACUGUGACCUGGAGACCUGCAGACUUUAUAUUGACAGAUUACAAGAGGAUUUACACCAGGCACCAUCUACUGGCCACAGAGUGCACUACCAGGAUGAAAGCAGAGGUGUCCCCCGGACCAGUUCAACCAGCAGACUGUCUCCCAACUGGAGCUUCUUGGAUUCCACGUCAGCCGACCGCUUCUAUCGCAUCGACAAGGCUCAGGAGCAUCUGCAUUUCGUGACCGAAAUCUGUCAGGAUGAAGUGUUCAUCCUGGACCACGAAGCUCCAGUGGUGAGCCAGGGCUCGUCUGCGGGGAUGCCUGAUCUGGUGGUGGAGCCCACUGCCGGCGCUCCGUUGACAUCAGACGAACAAGCUCUGCUGACAGCUGCAAGUUCUGGGGACCUCUCCACGCUCUCACAGUGUGUGGAUCGAGGCGUCAAUUUGUUGGUCCGAGACUCUGGGGGUUGUUCAGCGUUGCAUUUAGCUGCUCAGAGCGGACACGCAGACCUGGUCCGCUACAUACUGCAGCAAGGCUCCAAGGUUCUUCUGGAUUUAACAGACACAGAGAGAGGUGACACUGCAUUGCACAAAGCAGCAUCAGGGAAGCAGCACGCAGUGUGUCGACUACUGGUCGAGGGCGGGGCGUCACUAGAGAAGACCAACUUCCAGGGGAAGACGCCGGCAGACCAAGCCGAUGGAGACGCUGAGCUCGCCGCCUACCUGAGCUCAUCAUCUGCAAGCCACGAAGACCUGGAGACGGCCGUGUGAUCGCGAACACGCUCGCGCACUCUGUGUCGCUCUGGACUCUGCGCGCUCGACGUGGAGAGGAAAACGUUUGGAUUCGACUCUUCGGGCGGAGAAGUUGGAGACGAGCCAGAAGAGAUGAACUGCUUCAGCUGGCAGCAGCACUGCAGAGGAGAUUUUACUGGUCUACUAUUUAUUUGUAUUUAUUUAUUCAUAUUCUAUUUAUUGGUUGUGCCGAUUGAGUGAAUGACUGAUCGUAGGACUAUCAGGAUGCAAGUGCAAUUGGACCAGCCGUCACACGUCGUGAGUUCACCUGUUUCUCAUCUUAUAAGGGAUUCAUGCAUAUUUUACUCCCUGAGACUUCUGCAGUGGUUUAAAGUGUAUAAAGUGUCAUUUCAGCGCUCGUAGGAACAGUAAAAGUUUUUGUUUGUCCCUUAAAACUUGUGCCAAAGACAUUGCACUAGCGUAAUGUCACAUCUCGUCCCAAAUUUCAGUCAUUUUCCCAUCAUCUGUCACAUAGUUUGAUUUCCACACCUUCCCUAAACUUUCUUACUCCCAUGUCAUUAAAUAUGCAACGCUAGCGUUUGCAAUCACGUGCUGCCCGCUAAGUCACACAUCACAAAAUAAAACAAACAAAACGAACAUAUCCUCCCCGGGUGCGCUCGUCCUGAAGUGCUUGUAAUGUUUUCCGCUUUCGGCUUCUUGCGAGUCCCGACUCAACGCCACUUCUUAUCCUAUCGGAGUCGUUGCUUCGCCGUGACUCAUAAAAAUGACAAAACGCUUGUCAGCUUUCUGACUCUUUCAAGCAGCUGAUUACUUCCAGGAACACUCAGUGGACUAAAUGGGUCACAUUUUCUACAGACAAAACCAUGAUUCAGAGCUACGUGUACAGAUGAGUUUUUAAAAGGUUUUUUAAAAUGAGGAUCUGCUCUUGCCCACUUUUAACAUUUAUUUUCAUUUUAUGUCUGCGUCACUGCAUCAUUUCUCCAACGUCUUGGCAUGUGCUGGAGUCUGAGAGGUUCACAAAGAGAUCUUUAAAAUAAAGCUGCGAUUGAGUUAUUCGCAUGUUUAAAAAUUUAUUGUGGCAAACAUGAUGGAGGGACUUUAUGUUCUCCACAGCAGCCACACACAAAAAAAUACACAAGCUGAUAUUAGACGAGUGUAAAUGUGAUAAAGCCAGACAAAGACCGAAAUAUCAGUGUUUCUCAGUGGUAGAAGCUACAAGUAUUUAGCUCUAUUUGCACUGUCAGUAAACCACAACAAUUCAAAACAUGGACACAGUUUGGCAUAGAAAAAAAUCAAACCUGCAUGAACUGUGAAAGCUUUGAACUUUUCUCACAAACUUCUUUUAACUGCAGCUUUUUCUCCAAGUACAAACAACACACGGAACAAGUGACCGAGUGGGAUCAUUUAUGACUCCAGUCAUAUCUGUGUAUGUGCUGCUGUGACAUUUUUAUAACCAAUUAUGACUCGGAUUGUAUAACAUUUAAUAGAAUUUUAAUUAAAUAUGUCUGUUUUUUUAGCAUUAUAAGCUUUGAUUUUACUGGAAAUGACCAUUUCUAAUCACUACAUUGUAGAAAGGCAUGUACGCUAUAUGGACCAAACAUAAGCUGCUCAGCCAUGCAGCUGAAAAACUCUGUUAUAUUGGGACAUUAUACACAUAAAAGAAACAUUAUGAAAUCAUAAGUGAUCCCACCUGGUUGUUUCAGUAGCUAAAAUCUCUUGUAGAUAACAAAAAGCAGCAUUUUUUGGCUCUUUCUGGGAUCCCAGAGAGUACAAAAAUAACGGAAUAAUCACAACACGUUUCAGGAACCAUGAGCUCAUUAGCUGAUGGAAAAUAAAUCACAUUUGUGUCAUAGAAAUGCCUAAAAUGUGCCGAUCUCUGUCACAUUUGUGGAUAUGUGCUUGUUUUCUUUGUCAUAUUUCUAAUAUUUUGCUUGUCUUGGUGAGAUAAAGGUGAUAAAUGUUUUGCUCUGGGAGCCGUUUUGUGAAAUCUCUCAGUCGAAACAAAAAAACCCCAAAAAACCCUCAUAUUGCAGAACAACACGGGACUCAUUUUGGGGACAAAAUUAGCACUGAACCAUCAAACCAGUGACCAUACCAAGUGAUAGUGAGAGGGGACCAGUAUUAGCCCAGUAUGGAAGGAAUGACGCUAACCCAAGGUUUCUGCCGUUUACGUUUGAAAGCAUUUUUGGACGAUAGACCAGAGUCUGUUUAAAAAAUGGGAGAUUUAAAGUAUUUUUGUUGCAAUGUUUCUUUCAAACUAAGAUUUUAACUUUUCACAGUUCGAUAGUGUGUAUCUGGUACUCCUGGUGUGUGUGUGUGUGUGUGUGUGUGUUGUGUCUGUG